ACCGGAAGAGGUGGGCACGCCUGCGCUCUGUCCGUCGCGCGCUAUGCUGCUGUGGCGGCGUUUGGCGGCCCUGACGGGCGAACGAGCCCCGCGGCGGCUCCGAGCGGGGGGACCGGCACCGGGACCCGGAUCUGGAUCGGGACCGGGACCGGGAUCGGGAUCGGGGCGAACCAGCGAUGGCGGCGGUGCUCCCCGGCCGCUUUACAUGGAUGUCCAGGCCACCACCCCGCUGGAUCCCAGAGUCCUGGACAGCAUGCUCCCAUACCUGACAGCCUACUAUGGCAACCCCCACUCCAGGACCCAUGCCUAUGGCUGGGAGAGUGAGGCUGCCAUGGAGAAAGCAAGGCAGCAAGUUGCAGAUUUAAUAGGAGCUGAUUCACGGGAAAUUAUAUUUACCAGUGGUGCAACAGAAUCCAAUAAUAUGGCAAUUAAGGGUGUUGCAAGGUUCUAUAAAUCCAGAAAAAAGCAUAUCAUUACUACGCAAACAGAGCACAAGUGCGUGUUGGAUUCUUGUCGUUCCCUGGAAACUGAAGGUUUUCACAUCACAUAUCUACCUGUUAAAAAAAAUGGGCUCAUAGAUCUGAAGGAGCUGGAGGCUGCAUUCCAGCCCGAUACAAGUUUGGUUUCUGUAAUGACUGUGAAUAAUGAAAUAGGAGUAAAGCAGCCAAUUCAUGACAUUGGUGAGAUCUGCCGUGCACAUAAGGUUUUCUUCCACACAGAUGCUGCACAAGCGAUUGGUAAAAUUCCUAUGGACGUCAACAACAUGAAAAUUGACCUAAUGAGCAUCAGUGGCCAUAAAAUUUAUGGGCCCAAAGGGGUUGGUGCUCUCUAUGUUCGCCGUCGACCACGCGUCAGGCUAGAACCCCUGCAGAGUGGGGGAGGGCAGGAGAGAGGACUGCGGUCUGGGACUGUGCCCACACCUCUAGCAGUGGGACUGGGGGCAGCAUGUGAAGUGGCACAGCAAGAGAUGGAGUAUGACCAUAAGCGAAUCUCACUCUUGGCAGAACGACUGGUUACAAAAAUAAUGAGUGAAGUUCCUGAUGUGGUGAUGAAUGGAGAUCAAGAGCAUCGCUAUCCAGGAUGCAUCAAUUUAUCUUUUGCAUAUGUGGAAGGGGAGAGUCUUCUGAUGGCUCUGAAAGAUGUGGCUCUGUCUUCAGGAAGUGCUUGCACAUCAGCUUCUCUGGAGCCUUCCUAUGUUUUGCGGGCAAUCGGAACAGAUGAAGACUUGGCUCACUCAUCUAUAAGGUUUGGCAUCGGUCGUUUCACUACGGAAGAAGAAGUGGAUUAUACAGUGCAGAAGUGCAUACAGCAUGUGAAGAGGCUGAGGGAAAUGAGCCCUCUCUGGGAAAUGGUGCAGGAUGGAAUUGACCUCAAAAGCAUUAAAUGGACUCAGCACUGAGAAAACAUUGCUAUCCAUGGACUAGAUAUGGAUUAAAGUGCAUUUUUCUGUACAGUCUUGAGCAAAUUAUGCAGCACUUCUGUUUUCUGACACUUGCAGUUUGACCGGAGAACUACCAUUUCAGACCACAAAAUCUAAGAAGCCAAAAAUAAAACUAGUUUUUAUCAUGGAGAAAGGCAGGCUGAUCCAAUACUCACUAUGUUUCUGUUGACACACAGAAAUUUGUGCUAAAACCUAAUUUAUUCAGAAAUAUAUUUUCUAAUGAGAAAAUUAAAUCAGCAUGUUACUUCUAGGCCAGUGAAUUCUGGCAAGAGGUUGCUUCUCAGUGUAAUUCGUCUCAAGUCACUGUUGUGUUUGCACCACAGACCUGUUGCAAAUUUGUUCUGUUUGAGGUGGGUAUCCUGCAACAUGAGCUGCAUUUUGCCUCUUAAAUGCCUUGUGUUGCAAGGAAUUCUCAGAUAGGAGGACACUUGGAUCUCUAGAGGAAAGCAAUGUGUCAGUGUGGCCAUGUGCCUUCACAGAUAAGUUUAUGUGUAGUUAAGAACAAUUUUUUCUGAAAUUGAGUAUUUUUGGCUUAUUUUCCUUGGGGUUUUUUUGUGUGUGCAUCUUUUUUUUUUUGUGUGUAUGUGCAUUAAUUCAAAAGAUUCUUCUGUGUUCCAGCAUUUAUGAUACAAUCAUGAUGCACUUUGCUGUCCCCUUCAUUGGGUAUUUCCCAUGCAAUUUUUUCUCAGUGAGGAUAGAAAACUUGAAUGACUGGGGGAGUGGAUAGGCAGAAUGUGUCAGCUUUGGUGGCAGCACCAGUUUGGUGGAUGAGUGGUAGAGGUGGUGGGAGCAUGAGUGGUAGAGAUGGUGGGGAGAGCAGAUACAUGUCUUAAUGUAUUAUAUAUAUUAAGACAUAAUGUCUUAAUGUCUUAAGUCAGUCUGGAGUUUUGGGGGUUUUUUUCCUCCCCUUGUCAUGAGACCUUUGCUGUUACUUGGUUUGCCUAUGGGCCCUUGGUUUCUUUUGCUGCAAGGAGUCUGCCCAGCUCAGCCAGUAUAUUUUGUCUGGAGAUAAGAAAGAUAAGAACACCUGGCACUGAAGUUUUCUUUGUCUCAGAGACUGUACUGUCUGACUAGAGAUUCACAUGGGAAUCCAUUCCCUGCACAUGCUGGGGGAAGUAUCUGUUAAAAAAGCGUUUGAUGAAGUUAAUUCAUAUCAGUGUUUCUCCUUUCUUCCCUUUGAUGAUCUUUCCAGUAAGAAACCCAACCCUGUAUGGCAAAGUGCCCUUUUUUCAGUGCAUAAACAAAGAGCUUUCAAAUUAGUUGUGUUGAUUGAUGGAUGCUGUGUGACCUGCUGAAUUUGGUAUACCCCAUAGACAAUAUGUUCACCUUCAGUUUGGGAUGGAAUUUACCUCGAGGAUCAACUGUGUUGUGUAGAAGCUGAAGCUGAAUCUCACAAGAUGGAUUGUGUUAUAGAAGCUUGUCCAUUUUUUGUAACUAAGGACAGAUUUAGUUGUUUGUAAUGCAAAGCUAAUCCUUGGUUCUAUUUGAAAUGAUGAGCUUUAGCAGUUUUAAUAUUGCAGUGCUGACACCUUAUAUUUCAUCACAAUAUUUUUUAAAAUACCAUAUGCAUAAAUACAUUUUAGCCGUGUUGUAUGUACUCUUUUUCAUCCUUGGGCCAUACAUAUUUUUCUGGAUUAAGCAUGUAAUAACAUGCUUUCCUAGUGUGUUUUAGAAAUAUAUAUUUAUGAAUUGUUCUUUGUGUUUUGAGAGCGAUAAAAAAUUACAGAUAAGAAUUAAA